AUGCAUCAACGAGCAGCUGCUCUAGUUCGAACACCAGCCGAAUGUGCAAAACCGUUCGAGGUGGUGACUGGAGUGACACAAGGAGCACGACCGUUCCUGUUCAACUUCGCUAUCGAUGACGUUAUGCGAAGGAUAGUAGAUCAGUGUCCUGCCGAUAUCAUUCCAGUACCAUCAGGACACCCAUUGACCGACCUCGAGUACGCCGACGAUGUUGUUAUAUUUGCAAAAAGCAGUACGAAUCUUCAACAUGUUGUCCACCUUGUAUCGAAGCUAGCUGCAGCCCAAGGACUACGACUAUGCCCUGAUAAAUGCAAACAAAUCAGGGUAGACGGACAACCGAUAGAACUCGUCGAUGAGUUCUGUUACCUGGGCUGUACGCUGAAGAACAACGGCAAGAAAGAUACAAAGGCAAAGAUGCGCUAA